AACCUUUGACCUUCGGGGAAGUUUCCCGCGCUUUUUGCUUUGCUUGCCAAGCAUUCUGACUGACUCGGCUCACAGAAAUCAGGUCGUCUGACGGCUCCAGCUUGCUUCAUUUCCGGAAAAGAGGAGCUAGAACUGCUUAUAGUGUCAGAAUUGGGCUACAAUGGCAUCUGCACAGAGGUCACAGACAUCCUUUAACUUCUGCCAUGACACACACUCGAGCGCCCUCUUGCAGGGUUUGCAGGAACUGCGAUUAGAGAACCUGUUGGUGGAUGUCAUCCUGUGUGUCUCUGGAAGAGAAAUCCCCUGCCACAGAAACGUGCUUGCUACUUGCAGUGAAUAUUUUCGCGCAAUGUUCUGCAAUGGACACCUCGAGAGCAAGGAGCAUAAGGUAAUCAUCGAAGAACAGAGUGCCAGUGCCUUGCAGCUUCUUGUUGACUACGCCUACACCUCAAGGGUGACGAUCACUGAAGACAAUGCUGUGGAACUGAUGGAAGCAGCCAACUUCUUCCAGAUUCUACCAGUCAAGGAUGCAUGCACAAAGUUCCUAUCGGACAGUCUAUGUGUCAAGAACUGCCUGAAGAUGGUAAGCUUAGGCGGCAUGCUGAACCCCAUCCUGGAAGCAGAAGCGCUGUCGUAUGCCAUGAAGAAAUUUACUGCAGUCAGCAAGACACCAGAGUUCAUUGAUUUGACAAAGGACCACCUCAUCAAGCUCAUCUCCUCUGAUGACCUCAAUGCACCUGAAGAGGCUGUGUACACAGCAGUGAUGGCAUGGAUCAACCAUGACACCAGGAAGAGGAAGAAGGAGAUGAGAGAGCUGAUGGAGCUGGUCAGGUUCCCUUGGAUGGACAAAAUGUACUUCCUAGAGAAGGUGGAGACUGACAAGACACUGCGCAAGUGCUGUCCAAAUGUUGUGGCAGAAGCUCUGAGGUAUCAGGCAUUCCCAGGGGAGGUCCAGUCACCUCGCACCCGUCCCCGCCGUGCCAGUGGUCUGAGGGAGGCAGUGGUGGUCAUUGGAGGGUGUGAGAAGUUAGAAAAAGGAAAUUUUUCGGGUUACAACAGCUCCUUUAUGAUGACACACUCCUCUGCACAAUGGGUCACAAGUUGGGUUUCUAUGACAACAAUGAAGAAUGAGAAGGACCAUGGAUUUGCUGUGGCUGUUUUGGGCACAAGUGACAUUAUUGUGUGUGGUGGGAUUCAUUGCAAGGAUGUUUGGCUGUAUCUGACAAAACUUGACAUCUGGUGUAAACUUGCUCCAAUGCGCACAGAUAGGGCCUAUUGCAAGCUGGCUGUAGUGCAAGGUAAAGUGUAUGCCAUUGGUGGCAGAAGCCGCCACCCACCUCUAGUUGUAGAAGCAGGUGUGGAAGUUUAUGACCAGAGCCUGAACAAGUGGACUGAAGGUGUUCCACUGCCACAGCCAAGGUUCCUGCAUGCAGUUGCAGUGGUAGAUGGCAGCAUAUAUGUAAUAGGUGGACGUGAUGCUGAGAGAAAGUCAACAUCUACGGUGUUCCACUUCAGUAACUCCCAGUGGCAUACAGGAAGGGACAUGCCUGUGGAAGACGAGGAUAUUACAGCUUCAGUUCUCAAUGGUAGCAUCUAUGUUGCUGGGCUUCGAUGGAAACUGCUGUGUUACAGGCCAGAAGAAGACUUGUGGACUGAAAUAUUCCACACUGAUAUUGGACGCAGAUGUGGCAUGACUGUCUUUGGUGGGCAGAUUUACAUCUAUGGUGGCAUGGACAGUGAUAGCAAUGGAACAACGAAGGUUUUGCAGCUUAAUCAAGAAGAUGAGUCACUUGAGCAGGUGGGGAACAUGCCCAAGGGUCUGUUUGACCAAGCUUGUGUUACUAUAUUAAAGGGUUGAGGUACAACCUAGUACCAUACAUUCCUAAGAAGUCACAACACAUGUGUUAGUGUGAAGUAAGCAAGCAGAGCUAACCAACAUUGCAUCAAUGGACAGUGUUGAUUGUAAACAUGACUUGAUAGGGCUGUCUGUGUACCUGUAAAAUUCUAAAGGAACAGGUAUGGACCUGAACACCUGGUGUAUAUGUACCUGUACCUCAACAAACUAACUCAUUUGUGAACAUGAUUUUUCAGACUUCUAAAGAUUUAUUCUUAGCCAAUGAUACAACUUUGAUAACCUGCAAGACAGUUGACAAUUAAGAAAACUUACAAAUAGACUCAUUUUGAGACUCAAAUGAAAUAUGCAAAGAUGACAAUUUACCACAUGACAGUGGUACAAGCUAUGGAUUUAGUAUUAGUAAUAAGGAAGGUGUGAUGAAAAAUGUAUGAAGAUGAUACAGUUUACACAUAUUCUAUCUUAAAACAUGUUCAAACAUGUUGACUAGUGUAGUAUUAACUUAGAUAUGUUUUCUUCAUUAAUCAUUUAGAUAAAGAUUAAUCAUUUCAAAGGUUACAGUACUUUGUGACAUUUGACCAUUGACUCACUCUGCUGUUCAAGCUUAACUGGAAAAGGGACGGAAAGGAUUGUCUUAACUUCUUUAACACUCCUAAGGUCUGUUUCAGUUAUCAGUUUCUUAAUGUUAAAUUUGUUUUAGACAAUGUCAAUGGCAGCUGUAUCCUACAGAAAAGUUUUGUAAUCAGUUAACUAACAUUAAUUGUUAAUUGAUAAUUAUGUGCAUCCCAUCAAUGGAGGAAUAUUCUCACCAACUGCUACCCAUCAAUGUUGAUACUAGUCCAAAUUCGAUUUCAGUUUUUUUCGUUUGCAAGUGAACCGAUGUCCUUUUUCGGUUUUGAAUUUAUGAAGUGGUAAUGUUUACUUUCUUCAGAUGCAAGACAGUAUGUGUAUUUGACAAAGGUCUUAGUAUUGAUUAACCAAGUUCUGUUUAAAAGAAUUACCCGAAAAAG